UCAAGCGCCCUCGACUCAACGUUGGACAAAGACAAUCUUUGGUGGCGAGAAUCGCGCGACUCGCGGGUGAAAAGACGCGACUGCAAAGACGUUUCGUGCACGUCGGUGGUAAUUACGCGAGUGACAACGCGGACAGACUUGUGUGACGAGAGAUUGACACCGCGUUUGAGAAUCGUGUUCUGACAGGAGCGGUUAUCAAUGCGAACUACAUUGAACCGCGAAAGUUUUUAGAAGACGCUGGUGGUAUAGUACUCGAGCGAGUGCGGGACGCUAUCGAAAGACACAACUCUGUGAAAGUGAACACCGCAUUCAAUGGCGUAUUUGUAACGGGCGACAAACGCGCCAAUAAAAGUAUUACCACGAAAAACAGUGAUCUCUUUAGAACAUCAGACUUGGAUGAGUGGUACGAGCGGUGCGUUAUCGAGCCCACGCUAGCAUUGCUCGAGGAAUUUCAAGAACGCGAUAGUGGGUGGGCGUUGUCGCGUAUACAGAAUUUGACUGUAAACGUGAAUAAGUACAAUUCUAUGCGUGUGGGAUGUCACGUGACAUUACCGCGAGAAAUAAUGACGAAGCGUGCGGUUGUUAACGUGAAAUCGACGGACAAUGCUUGCUUCGCGUGGUCGGUGAUAGCCGCUCUAUAUCCCACACAAAGACAUAGUGAUAGGGAGUCAUCGUACCCUCAUUAUACAAACGUUCUGAAUUUCGAUGACGUUGAGUUUCCAAUCGCGUUAAAAGACAUUAAAAAAUUCGAGAGACUAAAUAAUAUUUCGGUCAACGUCUACGAGAUCCAAAAGGAUCAAACUGAAACGUAUAAAAUUCUCCCGCUAAGACUCUCCAACGACAAGAAGGAGAAGCAUGUUAAUCUGCUAUACGUGCAAGAUCCACGCGAAGACAACGUGGGGCACUUUGCAUGCAUCAAGGAUCUGUCUCGCCUAGUGAGCUCACAACUCAGUAAAAAAGAACACAAAAAAUAUAUUUGUGACCGGUGAGUAAUAAUUUUAUAAAUGUUGUAUUAAUUGCAUAGUUGA